AUAGCUAAGACGGGGUCCCUCUGUUGUGUGGCCGCGAGGCCACAUGGGUCUAAUGCAGCCAGUGGAGAGUGGUCAUUGGAUCCGCAAGAGCCAUAUUGGCAGACUAAUACGAGCUUCUCACCUCGACCGUCAAGAUGGGACCUCCAGUACCAGCCUGAAGAAUUAUCGUUUGGUUCACAAGAUGGUGUUCUAUUAUAUGGAUCCUCUACAUCAUCUAACAGUAGAGGGAGUCGGAACUGGAUAAGAGGGAUUCAUAUAUAUAAUCAUCAACACUCCACAUCUGAUGGUGUUGGAACAUAUUUUAGUAGCCCAUCUGAGAUUUCUCCGGUCCAACAGUGGACUCCAUCGAUACAAGAAAUCAGAGGAGAUGAUUACGGGAAUUCAUCAAGGAGAGUUCAGAGGCCAUCAUCUUUUUCGCCUACCAUGGAGGGAACUGUGACGGCUCAAGACAGUGCAGGCUCCACUUCAUCAAGAUCCGACGGUAGCGAGUCUGAUCCCAUUGUGAAAUCAUCUCAACAACGUCCAUUCCCAAGUCGUCGAUAUUUUAUGUCCAAACCUGUUCAUCCUAUGUCCUACCUGCUAGAAACUCCUACAGAAGAAGUCUCAAACAGGUCAGAGUCUGAUGCUGCCACCACUCCACAAAGGGAUCUAAGCAGUUGGAGUGGUAGCAUCGAUUUGACAACAGAAGCUCCCGAUCUGUUCGAAUGCGAGUCUAGCGGCGGUCCUUUGAAAUUCAAAUGCGGAUUGUGUGAGAAGUAUCUUUUCCAGAGAUCCCCAUGGAGUUCACAUCGGAUUGUGAGGAGUGGAGACAUGCCUGUUGCCGGAGUCCUUUCAUGUCGUCAUGUUUUCCACGCAGAAUGCUUGGACCAAACUACCCCAAAGGGCGGAAAGAGUGACCCUCCAUGCCCCUUGUGUAUGAAACAAGAGGAAGAAACCGCCUCCUCUCCAGAGCAGAAGAAGCUUAUCUCUAAGCUAAAGGGUGGAUUGACAAAACAUAAACCGUUCAAUGAAGAACUUACAUCAUCGAGACCCUGGGGGGGAUGUGUUCAGGCAGGGGACUGUCUGGAAGGAGCAUUGCAGGCUCCUUCGCGAAACACGAUGCUGUUACUGAAUCGGAGCCGCAUGAGAAAAACUCUUACUUCCAAGCCUAAUCCUCCUGUAACCGAGUUUCCUGGUAAGUUGAGGAAAAAUGGAACACUGGUGAUUGGUGGUAAGUCUAAUGAUUAGGGAAUGGAAAAUGUGUACAGUUUGUUGCUGCCUGCUAAUUUCUCUGUUGCUUGAUGGGUGUGUGAUCCUAAACUGUUAAGACAGUAAGUCAGUCAGGGUAUUGACAAAUUUGUUUAAUUUUGUAUUUCCACUAUUUGUUUUUGAUGACCAGCUUAGCUUAGCUUGCUCAAUCCAUUGUGUUAUUGCCAGAGGCGGAUCAUAUGG